AACACCUCUUCCGCUCAGUCUUUAUAGCAGAAGCCAUUGAGACCGUGAGACCCAUUUCUGCACACUCAUCAUUCGAAGUAUGAAUUAUCAGAAUUUACCUUGAUCUUUCGACACUUUCAAUGAUUCCAGAAAAAGACUGUUUGGUUAUUAAACGUUGAAGCUGAUUGAGUUUCUCCAUCAACUAAAUUUGUCAAAUUGGAGCUUUCCCCAAAAAAAAUUGGACUAUCAUGUAUUUGAAUAUAAAUAGGCACCAGUGUUGUGAUGGUUGUAGGAUCAGGUGGUUGCUUGAGAGUAUCAUGAUUCUUUCUCUAGAUUAUUUUCUAUGCCCCCAUGAAGAGGAUCCCACAAAUCCUGUUGAGCUAAUACGAAGAGAUCGUAUCACUGCAAGCGGGGGUGAGGUCAGUCAACUAAAUGUAGGUGGUGGUGUAGAGAGAUUCCAUGUUGGCAUGGAGAGGGCUAUCUCUGUUUUUACUCAUGGAUUUCUUCACAAACUUCUGGAAGAAUCAAGAAAACUUGAGAAUCAUGCAACUAAAGCUGAAGAGAUUGGGCAAGAACAGAUUGAAUUUCCUUAGCUCUAAACCUACAAGGAAGAGAGAGAGGUAAGGAAUUUUUUUUUAAUUUUUUUAAUUUUUGAUUUUAUUAUUAUUAUUUUUUAACUUGAAUCUACUCCCUUGCAUUGAGUUUGAGUUGCAAAUAUUACUCAACUUGUCAUAGAAUUUAGAAAUUAUUUUAUCUUUUCACACAUUCUAAUACCCUCAAACUUGACAUUUAACAUUUAUAUUUUCAAAAACUUCAGGGGGGGUGAGUUGAAUAUUCAGAAAUUAAAGAAUUCUUUUGUCU